GCCCGGCUGGCUGGCCGGCCGGGGGCGGGGCCUGGGCCUCGGCCGCAAUCCGGGCCUCCAGGCCUGUCGCUGCUAGCGCGGUCCGGUGGCCUGGGUCCCUCCCCUCUGUCCCGGCUUGAGUGACAGCCGCUGCCCGGCGCCGAGGGGGGCAGCGCGGCUUCUGAAAGUCCGGCCCGUAGCGCGGCGCGAUGCCGGGGUCUGUGCGUGCGGUGUGAGACGGCGGCGCUGGGCGGCGGGCCGGGCCGGGGCCGCUCAUGGUGCCGCCACGACUCCAUCGAGGGGCAGGAAGGCCAGGUGGUCUGAGUCCUUCACCUCCAUUAAGACUGAAGUCUGCCAGGUUUGUGGGCAUUGCGUUUGAGGAGCUCAGAGAAGCCCUGGCAACAAGACUGCAAAUGGUUUGUGUAUUUAUCAUGAACCGAGUGAAUUCCCAGAACAGUGGCUUCUGUCAGCGCAGGCGAAUGGCCCUGGGGAUAGUGAUUCUCCUGCUGGUUGAUGUGAUAUGGGUGGCAUCUUCAGAACUCACCUCGUAUGUCUUCACUCAGUACAACAAGCCGUUCUUCAGCACUUUUGCAAAGACAUCCAUGUUUGUUCUGUACCUUUUGGGCUUCAUCAUUUGGAAACCUUGGAGGCAACAAUGUACAAGAGGAUUUCGAGGAAAGCCUGCUGCUUUUUUUGCAGACGCUGAGGGUUACUUUGCUGCUUGCACAACAGAUACGAGUAUGAGCAGUUCUUUGAGUGAACCCCUGUAUGUUCCUGUGAAGUUUCAUGAUCUUCCAAGUGAGAAGCUCGAGAGCACAAACAUUGGAACGGAAAAAACUCCCAAGAAGUCCCGUGUAAGGUUCAGCAAUAUCAUGGAGAUUCGACAGCUUCCAUCAAGCCAUGCAUUAGAGGCCAAGCUGUCUCGAAUGUCUUAUCCUACUGUGAAAGAUCACGAAUCCAUACUGAAGACUGUAGGAAAACUUACUGCAACCCAAGUAGCAAAAAUCAGCUUUUUUUUUUGCUUUGUGUGGUUUUUGGCAAAUUUGUCAUAUCAAGAAGCACUUUCAGACACACAGGUUGCCAUAGUGAAUAUUUUGUCUUCAACUUCUGGACUUUUUACUUUAAUCCUUGCAGCUGUAUUUCCGAGUAACAGUGGAGACAGAUUUACCCUCUCUAAGCUGUUAGCUGUAAUUUUAAGCAUUGGAGGCGUGGUGCUGGUGAAUCUGUCGGGGUCUGAAAAGUCUGCUGGAAGAGACACAAUAGGUUCCAUUUGGUCCCUUGCUGGAGCGAUGCUCUAUGCUGUCUACAUUGUGAUGAUCAAGAGAAAGGUAGACAGAGAAGAUAAAUUGGAUAUUCCAAUGUUCUUUGGUUUUGUAGGUCUGUUUAAUCUGCUGCUCUUAUGGCCGGGGUUCUUUCUACUUCAUUAUACUGGCUUUGAGGACUUCGAGUUUCCCAAUAAAGUGGUACUUUUGUGUAUCGUUAUCAAUGGCCUCGUCGGAACAGUUCUUUCAGAGUUUCUUUGGUUGUGGGGCUGCUUUCUUACCUCAUCGUUGAUAGGCACACUUGCACUAAGCCUUACAAUACCUCUCUCCAUCAUAGCCGACAUGUGCAUGCAAAAGGUGCAGUUUUCUUGGUUAUUUUUUGCAGGCGCUAUCCCUGUGUUCUUUUCAUUUUUUAUUGUUACUCUCCUAUGCCAUUAUAAUAAUUGGGAUCCUGUGAUGGUCGGGGUCAGAAGAAUUUUUGCCUUUAUAUGCAGAAAACAUCGAAUUCAGAGAGUUCCAGAAGACAGUGAACAGUGUGAGAGCCUCAUUUCUAUGCACAGCGUUUCUCAGGAGGAUGGAGCUACUUAGCAGUCAUCUGUAGCCCAGUGUAAUGGAACAUUCUACGGUGAAGAGACAAUCUGGCAAGUUCUUUGUAGAAGUGUUUCAGUGCCUAGUCUGAACAAUACCAGUUUCAAUUCUUUGAAACUCUAAAUACAUUCUCCUCAUGUCUGCUUUCUUCAUUUCCAAAAUGAAGGAUGUUCCAUGUAGGUUGUGUGCAGUCCAGUUGCUCUAAAGGACCAACUUGCCUUAUGUAUCAGUUCAGUUCAUGAAAUCACUGGAACUAAUCAAGGAAGAAAAUCUUUCUGGGGACUCUUAAAAAUGCUCAUUCAGACCGAGGAAGACUCUUUCCAGGAAAUCACCUAAGUGAGUAGAUGAGCAUUCUGACAGGCAGACACUAACUGCAUUGUCUUCAGUGGGUGCAGAUUAUCUUUUUGAGUUUUGUAGAUUGUAAGAUAACCACACAGAAGAAAUGCUAGUUAAUGUAACAAGUAUGUUUAUGCAAAGGGGGCGGUGCUUUAGAGGACAAAUGUUUGAGAAAAGAUCUGGUCCAAGUGCACUCCCUGUGUGAUUACUCCCUGUGUGAUUCCUCCCUGGUGUUCGGUGCCUUGUUUCUUAAAAAAUGUGACAAGCCAGCCGGGCGGUGGUGGCGCAUGCCUUUAAUCCCAGCACUUGGCAGGCAGAGGCAGGUGGAUCUCUGUGAGUCUGAGGCCAGCCUGGGCUACAGAGUGAGUUCCAGGACAGGUUCCAAAGCUACACAAAGAAACCCUGUCUCAAAAAAAAAAAAAAAAAAAAAGAAAAAAAAAAAGAAAGAAAGAAAGAAAAAAGAAAAGGUGACAAGCGGUAACAGUUUUAAAGGGGAAGAAUUGGAAACUGGAAAAUCACAUACUUCUACAGGCUGUGUGGCUAUACAUUAGUUGAGAAAGCUCUGUUUAAUUUAGAGUUUUAAAGGAAUAUUCUCUCUUCAAUUAAGAAAUUUUCAUAAUGGAAUGGUUUAAAUUGAAGUGAUAAAGAAUAUUAUUAGAAUAAAAUGUUUGUAUAUGUAUUUGUGUAUUAAAGAUGUAUCAAGUAAUUUUGUAUUCUUUCCACAUAUAAAUUACUCUAAAACUGGGUGCUGCUUCCUUAAACAAUCUUACGUUCCUAAGUAAAUGUAAAUGGUUAAAAUAAAAAAGAAAGGCAAGGAGA